AUGACUGAUUCUCACCCUCAGCUGUUCUCCCCAGCGCAGCUAGGACUACUCGAGAACGUGAACAGGAUUCAGAUGAUUCCGGCGAUGCCGUGUCCCUUCUGCGGCGAUCUUGGAGAAACAGACCCUUUGGAUGAGCUCAGUGAGCAUGUGGCAGAGCACAUGCAUGAGUUUGCACUGACUACUUUCUUGUGGCCCUCCAAAUUCCACAGAGAUAUUGAAAAAGAAACCUCUGGGGCGGCCUGUUAUAACGCGAUUGAUUCAUGCCGUACCGAAGCACAACCGAGAGAGUCUGAUGCUUUACCGAGAGAUCAUCAUGGACUGCCGCAACUACAGUCUGCCCCAACCUGGAAGCUUUUGAGGAUACGAAUGCGCAACCGCCAGAAUUUAAGAACCAGGUUGGGACGGUACGCCUUAGGCCAACCUUGGAUGAAAAAGAGGCUGGCCAACGAGAGGUCGAUCCCAAUGUUAGGCGGAUUUGACCUUGCACUCUUCUCUCAUGUCCUACUAAGAGAGAUUUAUUUUUUCGCUGAUCCGAGUAUGAAACGUUGA